AGUCUGAUAUUGAUUGGUUCUCGCGGCGCCGUCGUAGUCGUUGCGACGGUUAACAAUAUUGAAGUUAACGUUAAUGGUUUAAAAGUUUUUUUUUUUUUUUAUGUAAACGUUCUUGAUUUACGAUAUUCUUUCGAAUAAUACAAAAUAAAACUAUAAUAUUUCAAACGCCAUUAAUAAAUAUCUACGCUCAAAAGUGUGUCGUCGGUUGCCUCAGUAGCCAAUCGGACGGUGACGUCUAGAUUCCUUUUUUAUCUGGAAAAUGUGGUCAAAAAUACUUAAGGCCAGUAGUCAUGGGCUUGUUCGCGGGGUCGCCAUAUAUUCAAUUACCUGGCCGUUGAGCAGUAUUAUACAACAGUCACUGGAUCCAUCGGGCAUUAAAGACAUUGAUCUGCAGCGAGCAGCGAAAUUCAGCAUUUAUGGAGGAUUGUAUGUAGCUCCUACUUUGUAUGCUUGGAUGAGAUUUGCUGGUUUUAUUUGGCCAUCGAUGACAAUCACUAGUCAUAUAACAAAGGCAGUGGUUGAACAAUUUUCAUAUGGUCCAUUUGCAAUGGCUAGUUUUUUUUUCUUUAUGACACUUCUCGAUGGAGGUACUAUUGAAGAUGCGAAAAAAGAAGUUCAACAAAAAUUUAUUUCUACAUGGAAGAUAGCAAUCAUAGUUUGGCCAUUUUUACAAACAAUAAAUUACUGUAUCAUUCCUCCAAAGAAUCGUUUAAUUUUUGUCAGUUUGGCUGGGCUUGUGUGGACUUCAUUUUUAGCUUAUAUGAAAUAUGAAAAAAAAAAGUCUAUAGAUUAUGAAAAAACUGAUUGAUAAUUUGUAUUUUGAUAUUUAUUUU